CCAAGUUUCUCCGUGCACUGUCGCACUCGCAUCUUCUAAUCAGCCAAGCAACCAACACAAUCCCAAAGCGUUCUUGUUGGGACGAUGCAGCAAGCUGUGGCCUCCAACCUGCACGCCAUCACCACGUCCCCUGUCGUUCCAAGAGGCAGGUUCACAAGUACCAGCCCUUCCUGGCGGGUGCCAAAGAGAGGCUCGGUGAGGGUGCGGUCCAUGAGGAACGGUUCCACGGAUAGCCUGGACCACCUGCAGAGGGCGUCCAAGCCCAGGCAGCAGCAGCAUGGGAACGGCGCUCCAAGGAGACGUGUCAUCCAAACCUCUCCGUUUGGGCUGUGGGACAGCUUCCCGGAAGCGAGGACGCUGGACCAGAUGGUGCGCACCAUGGAGCGCAUCAUGGACGGCGAGGGAGACGACGACCGCGUCUUCGUCGUGCCGGCGAACUCGGUGCCGCGCGGGAACAACGGCGUCGCAGCCGUCCCCGCUGCGGCCACGGCCCCGGCGUACCGGCGCGGGCGGACGCCGUGGGAGGUGAGGGAGCGCGCGGGGGAGUACCUGGUGCGGUUCGACAUGCCGGGGAUGACGCGGGAGGACGUGCGGGUCAGCGUGCAGGACCGGACGCUGGUGGUGGCCGCCGAGAAGGCCGCGGCGGCGGAUAAGGGAGCAGGUGCCGAGGAGGAAGACGACGACGAGGCGGGGGAGCCGUGGCCGGCGGCGAGCUUUGGGCGGUACAGGACGCGGGUCGAGCUGCCGGAGAACGUGGACGCCGAGAGGAUCGCGGCCGAGGUGAAGGACGGCGUGCUCUACCUCACCAUCCCCAAGCUGUCAGCGGGGGGCAAGGUCGUCAACAUCCAGGUGCAGUGAAGGACAAAACUACCCAAGGUCAGGCGGGGCCAGAAUCCAGCAACUUCUAGAUGGAACGACAUGCAUCUGUACCGCGCUUCUUCUAUUGAUAAUACUAGAACUUCAAUUUGCCGCGGCCUUUUCUGAGUUUCGGCCCUGUAAUUUAUCGAGAGUAGUGGGCCGGUGUAUUUCAUGUAUUUGGACCUAAGGCCUGUGAUCGAGUUGUAGGCACACACUUAACAUGUAUUUUGUGGACAUCUCGAGAUUCAAUUUUGAGUCUGGGUCACCGGACAAAUUUUAUUACCGAAGCAAUGAACUUGCAAA